CUCCUUCGAAGCAUACGCGUGCACUUGAUUCAUAAACUUGCAGUGCAUUGCAUCACACUUUGUUGAAGUUCAGUUCAAAGUAGGCUGUUGACUUGUGCGGUUGUUGAAUUUUAACUUUUCUCUUGUGCUGUCAGAUUUUGAGUUUGAUUUUUAGAAUCAUCCGUUGAAUGCAGAAAAAAUCGCUUCCGAAAUGCAGACCAUUGAGGAAACCCAAAAAGAGGACUUCGUUCCUCGGUUCUACCAGAGCCAAAUGAAGGACGUUUGCAUUGCCAAAAAUACGAUCGUCUAUCUGCCCACCGGUGCCGGAAAGACGCACAUUGCGUUGAUGGCGAUUCGCGAGCUGGGACGUCGUGGUCAUUUGGAAAAGCCACUUUCUCAGGGCGGCAAGCGCACCUUCUUCAUCGUGAACACGGUGGCGCUGGCCAAGCAGCAAGCGGAAAUGAUCGGCCGCAACGUGGUCUUCAAGACGUCGGUCUACACGAGUGAUCGCGACGUCGACACAUGGAAGCAGGACCGUUGGCUCGAAGAAUUUGCCAAGUACCAGAUCAUCGUGUGCACGUGUCAGAUUCUGCUAGAUGUGCUGAAGCAUGGCUAUCUGGCCAUGAGCCACAUCAACUUGCUGGUUUUUGACGAGUGUCACCACGGCGUGGGUGAUCAUCCGAUGCACGGGAUCAUGGAGCAGUACCUUAGGGCGCGUAAAGAAGACCGGCCUCGGGUGAUUGGCCUGUCGGGGAUGUUGCUGUACAAGGAGUUGAAAAUGAAAGAGCAAGUGGCUCAGGAGUUGGAACGGCUAGAGAAUACGUUCGACUCUACGAUUGCGACCGUCGGAAGUUACGACGCGUACACGGAGGUGUGCAGGUUUUCCACGGACCCGAAGGAGGGCCUGCUUUCGUUUCACGUGGUGCAAUCGUCUGACGUGAUGCGCAAUUUGCAGGGGCAAAUUAACGAUUUUAUUAACAAAGUAGCACUUUUUGAUCUUCCCAAACUGUUGAACCAGAACAAAUCGCUGAUGCGAGACAUGCCGAAGCCCAAAAAGGUGAUUACGAAAUACUUCAAGGAACUGAACUAUCAGUUUGAAGAUUUGGGCCUUUUUGGUGGCGCCAUAGCGCUGCUCGGACUGAUCGUGCAGUUUGAGCUGGACAAGCGUGAAUCGGACCACACGAUGCUGCGUUUGCUGUAUCGAUCGUGCAUCACGUUCUGCGAAAAUCUUCGCCACCAGCUCGAGAACGUGAUGCAAGGGCUGGAGAUAAAGAAAAAGUUGACGCUGUUUUCGUCGAUCAAAGCGCGCCAGCUCAUCGCCCAGCUGGAGGGGUUCUACAAGGAAGGACGCAGCCGAAAAACGAAAACCCUGAUCUUUGUUCAGCGUCGCUUUUCGGCAAAGGUGGUGUACCAUCUGCUGAAGAUUUACUUUAGCGAAACCGAAAACGCCGAAACCAUUCUGCCGGACUUUAUGGUCGGAUGCAACGGGACGAUGCCCGAGUCGAUCGAGCAGAUCUUGUCUGCGAAAAAGGAUCGAAGGGUGUUGGAGCGUUUCAAGAAAAACGAGACAAACGUUAUCGUUACGACGAACGUGCUGGAGGAGGGCAUCGAUCUGCAGAUGUGCAAUUCGGUGAUCAAGUUCGAUUAUCCGGAAACGUUCGCCUCGUACGAGCAGUCGAAAGGGCGAGCACGCAUGAAGGACAGCACGUACACCGUCAUGUUGGACAGCGAUAAGCGGGAAAAGUUCCUGAAGAAGUACCUUCUCUACAAGGAAAUCGAGGAGGAGCUGAGAAGGGCACUGGUUGGAAAAACCAUCAACCGUCCGGAACCGCUGGAGGCGGAUGUAACCAAGGAGCUGACCAACGAGCUCAUCCCACCGUUCUACACCAAGAAGGGUGCCAAGUUGGACGCCCUUUCGUCGAUCCAGCUGCUCAACCGGUACUGUAUGGGCAUGCCACGUGAUGCCUUCACCAACACGAACGUCACCUGGGAACGACACGACGACAAAUACACGGGUAAAAUUGUGGUGGCCGUUUUGCUGCCGCUGCAGUCUACCGUGCGUGACAAAGUGUUUGGCCAGCCCAUGACCAACGUCAAGCUGGCCAAGCGGUCGGCCGCGUUCGAGGCUUGCCGGAAGCUGUACGAGGCGGGCGAGCUCAACGAUCAUCUGAUUCCGAUCGAUUCGAAGCGGCAGUUGGCAAACGUGAGCGAGGUUUACUUCCGCCACUGGAAGCAGUUUGAGGAAGAGUCGGCUAAGCAAGCUGGAACGCAGAAGAACGUCCGGAACCACCAGAUCCGGUACCCGUCCCAAACGAGUGGUUGCUGCCCUCAGCCCGGAAAGCCCUGUUACAUCUACGUGCUGCGCAUAGCGGCCGGUUUCAACUCGGACGUUCAAAACGAGAACAUUGAGACGUUCCACACGCUGUACAGCAGCGAGAACAACUUUGGCAUCAUGACUACGAAGCCACUGCCCGUGCUGGCCCGGAUGAAGUUUUUCGUGUCACUCGGCCUGAUCAACGUCAACCUAGAUCCGACCCCGAUUCGGGUGGAGAACGCCGGCAGCGAUGCGGAUUUGGCCGCGCUCAAGCAGUUUCAGCUGAUGCUGUUCCGGGAUGUUCUGCGGCUGUGGAAGGAGUUUCUGGUGCUGGACAGCAGCAACGAAGCAAACAGUUUUUUGGUGGUUCCGUUGGCGCAGUCGCGGCAGAUCGAUUGGCAGGUGGUGAAGGAUUUCCCGUUCCUCGCCCAACCUUCCGAACUGUCGACGGUCGCUCGCUCGCGCAUGAUUUUCGAUGCGAAGCAGUACCGCCAUCGGGUCAUUCUACCUUGGUAUCGUACGGACAGAGAGCGCGCGUACGUCGUGACAGCCGUCCACGAACAUCUGACGCCAGGCAGUCCGUUUCCGAACGAAAAGUAUCAAACAUACGAGGAUUACUUCGGCACCGUUUACGGCCAGCAAAUCUGCAAUAAAAACCAGUUCCUGAUCGAGGUGAAGGGCAUCACCACGUGGCUUAACCGGCUCAGCCCGGGAGAUGAAGACGAUGGCAAGAGUGCCACGCGGGCGAAGAACUGGACCUUCCACGAAAUUUUGAUUCCGGAACUGUGCCACAACUUUGCCUUUCCGGCGGACUACUGGCUGAAGGCCACGCUGCUACCGAGUGCCCUGCAUCGAAUCAACUUCCUGCUGUUGGCGGAGAACAUCCGGGUCGAGUUGGCCACCGAGGCGAACGUCGGUUGUCUCGAGUGUAGAACCGUUGAGGAUGUGGACGUGGAAUACAAGAACCGCAAGUCGACUGACCUGGCCAACGGAAUGGACGAGCUGAAGUUUGACAGUGACGAGGACGAGGAAGACGACGACGAUGAUUUUGAUUACGAGGAGGCAAAAAAAGCGCUCGUAGGCCCGGAAGAUUUGAACAGCUUGAUGCGUAUCCAGAUGAACUCGUUCGCCGAGGAGGUUGAAAUGCCCUGGAAGGAACAAGACGAACCGGUCGAUAUUGAACGCAACUGGGACAAUGUCUCUGCGUUGGAUCUCGAUUAUUACGAUUCGUUUGUGAGGAAGUUUUCAAGCCUUAACGUGGGAGAGCAAAUUACGACAAAGAUGGCCCAAUCUUACUCUUCAGUCAUCCACAAGCAAGCCGCCCGUGCAAGUCCGCAGAAGUUCGCCGGAGCUAUCCUCGAUAUGUCGCUGGAUGAAAAGUUCCGCAUUGCUUUGCUGAAGCUAACACCGGAAAACACGGUAUAUGUUCCGCUACAGCAGUGUGCCAUCAUCAAGGCGUUGACCACCAAAAGUGCGCACGAUGUCUACGACUUGGAACGGUACGAAUUGUUGGGCGACGCCUUCCUCAAGUUUAGCGUGUCGCUAUUUUUGGUGAAGAAGCACAAGGAGUGGCACGAGGGCCAUCUCACGGCGGUCAAGGGACAACUGGUCAGCAACCGGAAUCUGCUGUACUGUGCGAUGCUAAUCAAUUUGCCCGGAAUGAUGAAAAUUCACACCUUCGAUCCGAAAAAUGACUGGUCGCCACCACUCGCAAGCGUGCCGCAUGCCGUGAAGCAAAAGAUGGCCAGUAUCAACCACUCGGCCAGAGUUCUGUACAAGCUGAAAAUGUCCGAGGAAGAAAUUCAAGCGGGCACCAUCGAGAAGGACAAAUACGAGGACUUCAUUGCCGAGCUGGACGUACAGAGCCGAUCGUUGGACACUUCGCCCAUGCAGAACUACCUGUCGCAACAGGCCAUGGGCGAUAAGAUGCCGGCCGAUUCCAUGGAGGCCAUGCUGGGCGUUUGCGUCAGCACGGUCGGAAUCAAACGAUCCUUUAGACUACUGUCAUUUUUGGGCAUUCUUCCCAAAAAAGAAAAUCUGACGACGUUGCUCGACGACCGUAUCGCGAACCAACGCCUCAAGGCGGACGUCACCAAAAACGAAGUGGACUCGUUCCUGAUUUCUCCGGGACGUAUCGAGCGCAUCCUCGACUACACGUUCAAGGAUCGAACCUACCUGCUGCAAGCUUUGACGCACGCCUCCUAUCCGACCAACCGCAUCACCGGAUCGUACCAGCAGCUCGAGUUUGUUGGAGACGCAGUGCUGGACUUUCUGAUCUCCGCCUACAUCUACGAGCAGAACCCAACCAUGAGUCCCGGCCAGCUCACGGAUCUACGGUCCGCACUCGUGAACAACAUCACCCUGGCCUGCAUUCUUGUUCGGCACGGUCUUCACCUGUACAUUCUGUCCGAAUCGGCAUCCCUCACUGACACCGUCAGCAAGUUUGUAGCGUUCCAGGAAGCGCACAAGCACGAAAUCACCGACCAGGUGAACCUGCUGUCGGAAGAAUCCGAGCGUUGCCAGGGCGCAAUGGCCGAAUUCGUCGACGUGCCCAAGGCGCUGGGCGAUGUGUUCGAGAGUUUGAUCGGGGCCGUGUUCCUUGACUCGGGCAACGACCUGGAAGUGACGUGGCGGGUGAUUUACGGCCUGAUGCACCACGAGAUUGCGAUAUUCAGUGUGGAAACGCCGAUCCAGAUCGUGCGCCGACUGUACGAGUGGAAGCCACCGUGCUAUCCCAAGUUUAGCCAGGCAAUCGUUGAUGACGACACGGUGCUGGUGAAGCUGCGCUAUCGCAUUCGAAACGUCGAUCAUGAAGCGUACGGGUUCGGUCAGAACAAGGAAGAUGCCAAGCGGGCCGCUGCCAAGGCGGCGAUUCAGAAGCUUCGGAAGCAGUAGCAGAAACAUAUUUUGUGAACGUAUUUUCAGUUUCGUUUGCGUGUUUUCCCUUUUUUUCUUUUCUCCUUUUGAUGUUUGUGUCGCGAGUUUCACAUGCCUAAAUUGUUCUCUUUUUUUGGGCCAAUGCUUGUUGCAGUGUCGUACUUUGUUUCUAAAUGCAUUCUGUUGUUUAAUUGUCUGCAUUUAUGUGACAAAAUUGUAUUCGAAUAAUGUUUGAAUUGUUGAAAUAUCUUAGCGUAUCUAUAGAAAUAAACCAAGUAAAUAAAAUUUACGUAACUUAGCCUCCCAACAAUUGACGAUAAAAGAGAGACUUGGGGUGCGUUCUUUUUGCGUUACGUAACGCAAAAAAAACUCAUAAAAGUUUGCAAAAAGACCUUGUGUUACGCGUUACAGAGAAGGUAAGGGGGAUCGCUCAUCUGUUACGAUUUGUUUAGAGGGGGGGUCAAAAAUCCUAAAUUUUGCGUAACGUACUAAAAGCACGCUCCCACGGCAUCUGGUUUUCUUUUUCAUUCAUUCAAGAUCAUUAUAUUACAAAUCAAAAUAAAUGCUAGGUUAAAAUGACGAUGCUUCUCAAAGAGCAAUGCCUUUAUUAGUAUGUAGUUAGUAAGUUUAUAUGCUACUCAGAACGGUCGUACUGUUACAACAUAUAUGAAAAAUCUUUCCACAUUUAGUGCUUACCAUGACAUAUUGUUGGUCGAACGAUUCGUUAAAUGCAUUUUAGAUAUUCAAUGUCAAUCAACGAAAUUGGACUGAAUAAAGAUAUAUUAAGUCAAGGAAAAA